AUGGCUUCCGAGACGAAGACCAGGGAAAACAACUCGUUCGUCCUCCGUGGCAUCAAGGAUGUCCUGUUCGAAGACCGACCCGUCCCCAAACUCACCAGUCCCUACGAUGUCCUCCUCCGAGUCAACUACACAGGCAUCUGCGGGUCGGACGUGCACUACUGGCAACACGGACGGAUAGGACACUUUGUGGUCACAGACCCGAUGGUGCUGGGCCACGAGUCCGCAGGGACGGUGGUCGAAGUCGGAUCGAGCGUCAAGAGCCUACAAAAGGGCGACCGGGUGGCGAUGGAACCGGGCAUCCCGUGCCGGCGGUGCGUCCGGUGCAAGGAAGGCAAAUACAACCUGUGCUUCGACAUGGCGUUCGCGGCGACGCCGCCCUACGACGGCACGUUGGCCAAGUACUACGUCCUGCCCGAGGACUUUUGCUACCGGCUCCCCGAGAGCAUGAGCCUCGAGGAGGGCGCGCUGAUGGAGCCGCUCGCCGUGGCGGUGCACAUCACGAAGCAGUCCGGCCUGAAGCAGGGGGACACGUGCGUCGUCUUCGGCGCGGGGCCCGUGGGCCUGCUGUGCUGCGCGGUCGCGAGGGCGUUCGGGGCCAAGAAGGUCGUCGCCGUCGACAUCAACCGCGAGAGGCUGGAGUUCGCCAAGUCGUACGCGGCGCACGCGGCGUUUGAGCCCUCGCGCGUGUCGUCGGCGGAGAACGCCCAGAACCUGAUCCGCGACAACGACCUCGGGCGGGGCGCCGACGUGGCCAUCGACGCCAGCGGCGCCGAGCCGAGCGUGCAGACCGCCAUCCACGUCCUGCGCAUGGGCGGCAGCUACGUGCAGGGCGGCAUGGGCCGCGACGAAAUCACCUUCCCCAUCAUGGCCGCCUGCACCAAGGAGUUGACGGUGAAGGGGAGCUUCAGGUACGGCUCGGGCGAUUACCAGACCGCCGUCGACCUGGCGAGCAGUGGCAAGGUCGACGUGAAGAAGUUGAUCAGUAGGAAAGUCAGCUUCGAGGAGGCGGAAAAGGCCUUUGAGGACGUCAAGAAUGGUAAGGCUAUCAAGGUCUUGAUCGAGGGACCGCAAUAG